GCGUUUCCGGUUUCUACUGGUUCACUUCCGGGUCUCCGCGGCUGUGGAAGGUUUUGGCGCGAAUUUCUCUGAGCGCGGCACAUGGAAGGAUUCAAGAGGCGUCUUUGACAUUUUGAAGCACUGUUAUAGUUGUUCUGUUUACAUCAAGAUGUCUAGCAAAGCAAAUCCUUCUAAGAAAAGGUCUCAACAUUUAAAAAGAAAUCCAAAAAGAAAAAUUGAUAAUGAAGAAGCGGAGUUAUCAGAGAAAGAGGUUAGAAACACAGCGAAAAAAAAUAAAAGUCAUCCAAAACACCUGUCUUCUGAAGGACAAGCAAAGCAUGCUAAUCUAAAACAGGUAAAGAUCGCAACCCACAAGAGAAAAACCUGGCAACCUCUUUCGAAGAGUAGCAGAGAACAUUUGCAAACUAUGAUGGAAUCAGUAAUAAUAGCAAUUUUGAGUAACAGUAUUAGAGAAAAUGAAAAAAUUCAAUAUCAUCUGAACUUCCUAAAGAAAAGAUUGCUGCAACUGUGUGAAACCCUGAAAGUCCCUCCCAAAAAGCAGCAAGAUUUAACUCAUGUGUCAAGUCUACUGAAAAUGGAAAGGGCACAGCACAGAGCUAAUGAAGAGGGUCUGGCAUUAUUGCAGGAAGAAACAGAUAAAAUAGUGGAGACUGUAGAGUCAAUGACUGGGGAUAUUCACAGCCUAAAGAACAAAGUUCAUGUUCUGAGAAAUGAGGUAGAAGAAGAGGAAAGGAAGGUAAAACAGAUGUUUCAAAUAGAUAGUGAGGUACUCUCUCUUCCCGAACUUUCUCAGAAGAGUCUCAAAGCACCCAUACUUCAGAUCACAGCAAAGAUGGCAGCUCUGGAGCCUGCCCAAGGCCAACCUUGCAAUGACUCUUCCUUUUUGCUCAGAUGCAUCCAACGUCACACCUGUUUAAGCUGAAGCAAGUCACACGGCCAAAGUCAACAUCAGUGGGGUAGAGAAGUGUAUGGGAAUAAGGAGCAUUGCAAGUCAUGUGGUACACAAGCCAGGAAGUAUGAUCUUCUUUCAGGAUGAGGAAAUAAAUAAUUUGAGACAAUAAUACAAUCUACCACAAGUCUGGAAAUAAGCAUCAUGGUCUAUAAUAGAGAUAUAAGUUGGAGAAUCAUCAGAGUACAGGUUGCAGUUGAAGCCACGGGAUGGAUAAAAUCAUGGAAAGUGUUUUAGACGUGAGAGAAGAGAAAUGUCAAGGACAAAACUAUUCUCUACACGUGCCUCCAUAUUCACCAUUGCACCAUUGCUCAUAAUGUUGCCUUAUCCAGAAUACCCUAUCUGUCACUCCCAUAUCCACACUCUGUUUAUAAUAGUUAGUGUGAUAGACAUCAGUGCAAUUUAAAAAAAAUUCUUAACAACACCCUGACUUCUUUUUUGGAAUGUUACCUUUCCCUACCAUACAGUUUUAUUAGGUGGGGGAAGUCCAGCUGUUUGCUUUUCCAUUACAGAAGCCAAGGGGAUCCCCCAAAGGCUUCUUUGACUGUACCUUUUCUUUUACUGUCCUGUUUUGUGAAGGGAUAAGCAGGUUGCAUAAACUGAGCCAGAUGGAUACUUCUGAGUGGAAUUUGACUCCUGAGUAAAUGCCACAGGGACAAGUGUGAGAGUUGGAGUGCAUUCUAUCCAGCGGAGAAAUCUGUUCCUGUUGUACCAACUCCUUAUUCCCUCGGCAACAGCUUUGAUUUCUACCUGUUUUAAAGUCUGGUAUUCCCACUUUCCCAACAAAUCUGUCAAUAUCUCCUAACAAAUCUCCUGAUAUCCUUAUGACAAAGCCUCUUUUCCUUAAAUUAGAGUUGGUAGUAGGCAAUUCAGAGGGGAAGUAAAUGGGUUCACUUUGUCAGCACCCUUUAUCAGGCUUUUAUGCACUGUGAGAUAUUAAAGCAUAGCAGACACCACUAUCCUGAAGGCAAGCUGCCUAUUUCUUUGUUUAUGUUCUUUUUAGACUUUAUCUCUUUGAAGUUUAAUUUAUUUGGUGUUUCCUCUUAACACUCUUUUAUGCAUUAAUACACAACUUCUUGACAUCUAGAAAUUCAGGUGCUUUAUGGUGGGUGAAUCAGGCUCACUCCUCAGCAAAUAGGUUUUCCCCAUUCCCCAUGCCCACUCUAAUCCCUCACCCAAUCCCCAUUGGCAUGAAAAUUUGAAAGCAAUAAAUCUUGUGGUUUACAUUACACUUCCCUCAGAAUACAGACACCUUCAUUGGAAUUCUCCCAAUAUUCCUGCAAGGAAGGAAAACACAGUGUUCUUAUUGUCACAUGAAAGCAGCAAAAAAAGGCCUAGAGUUUAUCUAUGGUCUAGAGUAUUAUCGUUGGUAAUGUUUCUUAUAAUGUUGUCUAUGAACCACUAGCAUCAAAAUUGCUGAGGGUCUUGCUAAAAAUCCACAUUCUAAGCCCUCCCGGAAACCUAUAAGAGUAGAAUCUUUGAGAGUAGGGUAGGGCAUUAGCCUGCAGUUGAUUUUCUUGUGCGUUAAAGUUAACUUAUUAUCUCCUACGUUUGAACAGAGAAUUUGAUGUAUGUAACUGAUGUAAAGAAUGAAAAUUCCAACAGGACAAGCAAUCCAGCUUCUUUCCUCCAUCACCUAGAACAGUAGCUGACAUUUAGCACACACUCAGUGAUUCCUGGUUAAGUAAAUGAACAGAAAAGAACAUGAAGUCAUUUAAAAUAGGACCAAACAUUUAAAGAAGGUCAUUUAAAAUAGGACCAAACAUUUAAACUUGUGAGACUCCUGGCUCCACUGUUUAUUGGUAUUUGAUCUUAACCUCCCUGUGCUUCAGAGUUCUCAAGGAGACUAUAGAGCUACUUCGUUAGUUUGCUGUGAAGAAUAAAUGAGUUUGGGCUUCCCUGGUGGCGUGGUAGUUAAGAAUCCGCCUGCCAAUGCAGGGGACACAGGUUUGAGCCCCGG